UUAUUAUUUAAAGCUCAAUGAAAUCAGAUUAAUUCGAAUUAAUCCUUUAUAUAUGAUCACCUUUACCUAUAUACAAGUUUGUUACUAUUUAGAUGGCGUUUCCACAGCCUAAUGCACAAAGAGAAUUGACGAAUAGGAAGAUUCUGGAAGAGCUCCAGUUGAAGAAACAAAUGCUUCUAAAGCAAGGAGCUGUUGCCCCUCUCACUGCUACAUCUAUCUCGCUAUCGCAGCCGAGCCCCGUCAGCCAGCUGCCUAUGUGCUCUAUACCACCAGUAUCUGCUACUGCUGGCUUUCCACAACUCCCCGAAGCUAAUAUAGUGAAUACAAGCCAUCGUGCAGCUUUGCAACACGCAAACGCAACAUCUUGCGGUUUCUUUGUCUCUCAAGAUUCCUCAUUCGGAAAUCAAAUACUGCCAGUACUACCUCGGUUUGAUAACAAGUGAAGAACAAUGUCUGCUGUAAUGAAGCUGAAGACUUUGCAGGGGCAUCUGCAAGAGUUAAAGGACUUUUCAAAGCCAAAUAUAAAACUUGAGCAGUAUGUAACACCACCUCAUAUUGCAGCUGUUGCAUUAUACUCAAUACAGACUCAAUUCGAUGCCUUGGAAGGAAAGCUGGUGCUAGAUGCAGGCUGUGGACCAGGAACGUUGGGGAUAGGUGCAGCCCUCAUGGGGGCAGCGGCCAUCACUGCGAUGGACAUAGAUGAGGGUGCCCUGGAAGUGUUCCAGGAAAACAUUGAUGAUAUGGAAAUUACCAAUAUUGAAGCUGUACAAUGUGAUUUUCUCAAUGCUGAUAUUUUUCGGCUAGAAAACUAUUUUGACACUGUGCUAAUGAACCCACCCUUUGGCACCAAGAACAAUUCUGGGAUUGACAUGAAGUUCCUCCAAACAGCUCUGAGAUUGAGUUCUGACAGUGUAUUUUCUUUACACAAAUCAUCUACAAGGGCCCACAUUCAAAAGAAGAUAAAAGAGUGGGGGGCGAAGGGAAGCGUCGUGGCAGAGCUCCGCUACGACCUGCCAGCCACAUACAAAUUCCACAAGCAGCAGUCGCGCGACAUUGCGGUCGAUCUCUGGAGAGUGUACCACCCUGAUUCUUGACACAAACUAAUUU